AUGCCUGGAGUGACAGAGUUAACGCAACGUUUCGAGCGAGGAUCCCGUAGUGACAGCACCGAUACUGUACGUACUGGUCAAAAACCACCCCAACGAGUUGUGGUCGUGUCGAAACCAGGUCCAGAGUUCGUCUAUUCAUCUGCUGAUGAUUCGCGAGUGCAUCGCAUCGACCGUCCGACGUACUCACCAUCGGAUCAGAAGUCCGUUCUGUCAACAACUGUCGUUGACAUAGAACCACCAACCUAUCGUGCUCCAGCUCCCCAGUAUGUUGAAGAAAGAUAUCAGCUAGAGGAGCAGUACCGUUCCGUGAAAUCGUAUAGCUCACCAACGAAAAAGGAGCCUCCAUACAAACCAAGAGAAGUUAUCAUUCCAACGGAAAAGAAAUCAUCUAGGGAAACGUUCACUGGUCAUACGGUAUUUUCUUCUCGAGACCAACAACGUGAGCAAGAACUUGAUGAGACACGGGGCUCCACACCUGUACGAAGUGUCGUCGAACAGUUUGAAAGUAAAAUUGAAGAAGGACGCAGCACUCCGGAUAGACGGCCUUACCAAUACCAAGAAAAAUUCGAGGAGAUGAGCGUUCACGAGCAUCGAGGACCACAACCGGAUCAACGCGAAAGGGAAGUCUACAUCCCGAGAAGCGACCUCCUACCAACUAGAAAAACCUACACUGAGUCGAUUACGUCGCGUAAAACCAUCGGAUCCGAGAAAGAUCAGCAGCCUUACAAGGAAAGAAGGGAAGUCACGAGGGAGGAGAUCGCAAGAACCCCCUCAUAUGGUGGCCACCGUGAAACUCGUGAACGACUUGAGCAAGAGAGAAUUGCACCAUAUCGUGAAACGAGGGAAGUACACGAGGAUUGA